AGUGCAACAGGUGGAAUUUUUCCGUUAAUUAUCUGUGAUUAGUUGUCGCGUACGUCUAAAGGGCUGUAGGCUACAGGGUAGUCUCACUUAGUGUAAAUGAAUCAUUUUUGGCUAGGUGUUUUGGUCUUGAAUGUUGUGGUCACAGUCGUCGUUAAGGCUGAUGAUGGCGACGUCCACAUCGAGUGUGGGAACGGCACCAUCAGAGUGACAUGGAGGACGGCCCAGGAUGUGGAAUUCAACCGCGUCUUCCUCGGUAGCUGCUUUGCCUUUCCAUACGACGUCACCGACCUGCCGGACGGACGCAUGGAGAUCGCGUUCCGAGUCCAUUUCCACCAAUGUCGUAUAAAGCGCCAGAUAAUGGGGAAGUGGGUCACUUUCAGUACCAAGCUGACCUACAGGCCGUUACCCAAGGGACAACCACCCGUAUUCACUUACCCUGUGGAGUGCAUGUACAGAAGGCCCAAGGACUGGUUCAAAGGAUUCCCGGGCGCAGGCUUUGGGACUGCGAUUGGGCGCGGGAGUCUGCUCUUCUACAUGGGGAUUGCUAACGGUGAUUUCAGUGGCCCUGCCCAGUCCUCCACCUUCUACCUCGGCUCCCUGAUCCCCGUCUGGGCUGCAGUGGACCAGCAGGACCAUCUUCCCCUGCUGCUGCUAAUGGACGAGUGUGUGGCAACGACCACUCCAGAACCAGACCCCUCUGGGCCGGUCUACCCCAUCAUCUCCAAUGGGGGAUGUCUGCUGGACAGCAAGAUUGGAAGCUCCAGGUUCCUGCCCAGAAGGCAGAGUUCUGAGCUGAAUCUUCUUCUGCAGGCCUUCCAAUUUGCCGUGGGACAGGAAGUCUACCUCCACUGUACGGUUGUGGCUUGGGACCCGCUGGCACUGGACAAAAGUCGGAAGGCUUGUCACUAUAGCAAAGAGCUGGAAGGGUGGGAGCUCCUGGAUGAUCCUUCCGACAAUUCCCUGUGUUCCUGCUGUGAUUCCCGCUGCAAGUACAGGGACAGGCGGAGCCUGGACUUAGGGGUGCAGGGCGUGGGCCACACGGCCACUGUGGGACCCUUCACCAUCAUCAACGGGUCCCCCUCUGAAUCCGGGAAGCGUCCCGUACCAGAACGAGGUUCGCCGACGUGACCUUCACACCAAAACCUUUGCAGUGUGGCCUGCACCAGUGAUCCAGUCCCUCCUGUUCCAGGUGACGUACCUGCUGCAGGUGUCUCCGAGCUGGGCUGGGUGGGGGCAGGUGGCUCUGAGGCUGACUGCGGUGCUCAUCCAGCAGAGGGCGCUAAAAUUCUCCUGACUUUUUUUCCUUUUGCCCUCCCGUUUUAUCCAAAUAAACACCAAAUGCUUGGCUUUGCCAAACAAAUUUG